CCGCCUGCCAGCCUCGGGUGCUGAGCUUGGCUGCGCCGUCGAGGAGUCAUGGCUGAAGGACGCGCCACCGCUGACUGGGAGAUCGACGUGGAGAGUAUGGAGAGCGAGGCGCCCGAGGCGCCCGAAGCGUCGCGCAGCAGCUCCGUCCCGGAGGAGGAAGAGGAGGCGGAGGACAUCGAGGAGACUGUGGCGGCUCCGCGGCGGGGCGAGCCGCGGAAGCUGAGCCGCACGCCCAAGUGCGCCCGGUGCCGCAACCACGGCGUGGUGUCUUGCCUGAAGGGACACAAGCGGUUCUGCCGCUGGCGCGACUGCCAGUGUGCCAAUUGCCUGCUGGUGGUGGAGCGGCAGCGCGUCAUGGCAGCCCAGGUGGCUCUCCGACGGCAGCAAGCCACCGAGGACAAAAAAGGGCUGGCGGGGAAGCAGGCGAGCCUGGAGCGCAAAGCCGUCUACCAGAGGCACGUCCGGACGCCCAGCCUCCUGGCCAAGAGCAUCCUGGAAGGUUACCGUCCUAUUCCAACAGACCCUUACCUAGGAGGGAAUUCACCCUUGCCACCCCCUGUAAGUGACAGGAUGAGAAAGAGACGGGCUUUUGCUGAUAAAGAGUUGGAGAACAUUAUGCUAGAGAGAGAGUAUAAAGAGAGAGAGAUGAUGGAAGCCACACAAGCAGCUGCCCUUUUUCUCCCUACCCGCAUGGUGCACGGAGCUGAAUACAACUCGUAUAAAUCAACCUUCAACACUGCUCCAGCUGAUACUCCAAACAAGGAGUUUUGCAAUUUUUUACCAACCUGCUUUGAUCUAACCAUGCAGUAUUCAGGAUCCAGCAACAUGGAACUAGUUUCUUCAAAUGUCAGUGUAGCUACCACAUACAGGCAGUAUCCCCUGUCUUCUAGGUUCUUAGUGUGGCCAAAAUGUGGUCCCAUUAGCGAUGCUCUCCUCUACCAGCAGUGCCUUUUAAACGCGACUACUGUCCAAGCUCUCAAACCUGGGGCGGGUUGGGAUACCAAGCUCUCACAGAAUCAGGACUGUCCAAACACUGGGCAUGAUAUCAUUCCUCCAAAACUGGAAAAUUCACUCAUUCUGACCCAUAUGCAAGACAUUCAGCAGUCAUGUAAUGAGAUACCGUGCCUUCCUCAGGAAGCUUGUGAGAGGUCAGCUUUCUCUCCUCCGAAAAAGACUUUCUCUCAAAUUUCUGAUAAGGAUUCCAUGGCGCCUCAGGAACAGGUAUUAAGCAAGAUCAGCAAAGACAAUACCAAGCUCCCUCCACUGCUCAAAUGCAGUCCAUUUCAGUCGCUGUUACAGCAAACUUUUCCUGAUAGAUCAGGAGCAGAGUUGAGAACAUCAUUUGUGAAAGAGACUUUUGAAGAUGUUUCUAAAAAAUACAGAGAGUGUCCCAUUAAAGAGAAUCAAAAAUACAAGUUUACAGUAGACAAAUGUGCAAAAGAUUUCUUUGGGGCCAAGCAAGCCCCAGUGAAAGUUUCAACUGAACCGCUGUCAUUUUCUGUUGAAUCCAUUCUUAAAAGACCUUCUUCUGCAGUUGCUAAUGUUUCUCAAUAA